CAAAGCGAGAGCGACAUUCCUUCAGUCGGAGGAACUCCAGCAGAUUGUUUCUGUUCGGUGCUCGAGGAUCGCUUUCGGGUUUAUGCAAACUUUUCACAUGGAGUCACAUUCGGAGAGGAAGAAGAGGGGUUGAUCGUGUCGUAACAGGCGAUAGAAUGGAAUAAAAGAAGAAAGAAACAGAGUUUGUGCGACAUUGGAUCCGUUUCUGGAGGAGGAGGAGGAGGAGGAGGUUUGCGGGUGACUGCGCUCCAGAAGCUGAUCUCAGGCCAGUUGUGAUGGCGCAGCCGCCACUGCUGCUGUGUGUGUGUGUCCUCCUGCUACUGGACUCCUGUGUGAGCCACACUCUGUUCACCUGUGAGCCUGUGCAGGUGCAGUGGUGUCUCGACAUGCCCUACAACAACACCUUCUUCCCCAACAUGCUGGAGCACUAUGACCAGGACAUCGCUGCUGUCAGGAUGAAGGAGUUUAUGCCGCUGGUCAGCGUUCGCUGCUCACCUGAUGCACACCUGUUCCUCUGCCAGUCGUUUGUGCCUGAGUGCCGCACACAUACACUCACACACUCACACACACACGUGCUGCGGCCAUGCAGAGAGCGCUGUGAGCGUGUGCAGUCCGACUGCAGAGCUGUGAUGCACACCUUCGGCAUCAGCUGGCCCUCAGAGCUGCAGUGCGAGCGACUGGAGUCGUGUGGAGGCUCUGCUGUAGACGUGACCACAGCGGGCCGCUCUGGCUCCGGCUCCUCGCCGCGGGACCUGGGCUUCUGGUGUCCGCUCCAGUUGAAGUUGCGGCCGGGGCAGAGCGGCUCUUUCCUCGGGGCCCCAGAAUGUGCACCACCCUGCGAGAACAUGUUCCUGACGGCGGCGGAGCAGCAUCUGACCCGGCUCUUCAUUGGCGUCUGCUCCGUGGUGUGUUUGUGCGCUACGCUCUUCACCUUCCUCACCUUCCUGAUGGACGCGCAACGCUUCCGCUACCCUGAGCGUCCCAUCGUCUUCAUCUCCGUCUGCUACUGCGCCGUCUCGCUGCUGUACCUGCUGGGCUUCAUGCUGGGGCCGUCGGUGGCCUGCGGGGCCCCAGGGCGGCCAGGCGGCGUGUGGACGGUGGUGCUGGGGGCACGGAGCCGCGGGUGCUCUCUGCUGUUCACCUUGCUGUACUUCUGCUCCACCGCCGGCGUGUUGUGGUGGGUCAUCCUCACCAUCACCUGGUUCCUGGCCGCCGGGCCCAAGUGGAGCUGCGAGGCCAUCCAGAAGCAGGCGCUAUGGUUCCACGCGGCAGGCUGGGGCGUGCCAGCGGUGCUGACGCUGCUGCUGCUGGCGCUGGGGAAGGUGGAGGGUGACGGCAUUAGCGGCGUGUGCUUCACGGGCCUGUACGACCUGACAGCGCUGCGCUGGUUCCUGGUGGCCCCGCUGGCACUGGCGGUGCUCCUGGGCUUGGCGCUGCUGCUAGCAGGCAUCGUGGCGCUGAACCGUGUACGGCAGGUGAUCCAGCACGACCAGCUCAACCAGCAGAAGCUGAAGAGGUUCAUGAUCCGUAUCGGCGUGUUCAGCGGCCUGUACCUGCUGCCGCUGCUGCUGCUGCUGGGCUGUUACCUGUACGAGAUGACCCAGCGCCGCGUCUGGGAGAGCAGCUGGGUCAACAGGCACUGCCAGGAGUUCAGCAUCCCCUGUGCCCGCGCCAGCAACGGUGGUGUGCAGCAACCCGGACUCUCACUCUUCCUCCUGAAGUACCUGAUGACGCUGGCGGUGGGCAUCCCGGCGGUGUUCUGGGUCAGCAGCAGAAAGACCUGCAGCCGGUGGGCAUCCUUCUGCAGGCGGGCGCACAAGAAAGAUGCGGUCAGCGAGAGCCGGCGGGUCCUGCAGGAGUCCUGCGAGUUCUUCCUGAAGCACAACAGCCGCCCGCAGCAGAGCCGCUCCUCGCUCCGGCUGAAGGUGCUGUCCAAGUCCAUGGGCACCAGCACAGGCACUCCUGCCAGCUGCGCCCCCGCUCCCACGGCCAGCCUCGACCACACCGCUGCCUCCUCCGACACAGACAGACGCAGCCGAGCAGACGCCUCCAGCCGGAUCAGCAGCCGGUCCACAUCCAAAGGCGAUGCGCUGAAGGCUCCGCCCACUGCACCAACAGCCAAUGAGAUGUCCGGGUGAACUCUGCAUCUGAAUGGAUUAAGCUCCGCCUCCUGUUGUUGUGCUGCGGUUACAGAGCGCCCGGAGGCAGACUGCAGUACUGCACUACACUGAACACAGGACACUGGCUCUCCUUUCCACAAUCUCAGAGCAAAGACAGUCCAGAUUCACUCUGAAACGAGAGACUGAUGAUUUCUGCAGAACAGGGGCUUUAUCUCUAUGCCAAAACACUGGAGAUAGAGCAGUAGUCUUCACUAAUGUUAACUGUUGUGACCACUAUAAAACGAUAGCAUUUAUGCAGCCGCGUCUGGCGACAGAUCACUGCUGAAAUGUCCUGUAGUGUUGAUCGUGUUCACUGCUGUUUCUCUUAAAGCUGCUGCUGUGUGUAAAGAUCCAGACUCUUUAGGGAGUUUGUAAUGAUGUGGUGUUUGUACUUUCCUCAUAUCUGUAGUCUUUCCCUGUGCGUGUUCACUUUAACGUCAGAUCUGGAGACUUCUGUAUCUUGUGUUGUUGUAAACGUGUUUUAAGAGCUCGAUCAUCAGUCUCCAGUACCAGGAGCUCAGCUGAGUAAUGAAUCCUGCUGUAUACAUGUGGUAUUGCUUAUUAUAUAGUCAUGUCUGAAAUGACAGAGCACAGAAAACAUCUAUGCUAAUACUGGUUUAAUGUCCUGCUCACGCCUGUUACGUGUUGUUGCAGUCAGUUUAUAUAUUCCUACAUGUCCUUCCAUACAGGUGAGGUUUAUAAGUGUGUAUAAUACAUGUUCAGUGAAGUGUGUGUGUGUGUGUAUUGCUGAAGGGUUUGUGUUGUCCUCGUCACAGGUGACGGAUCUGAUCGCCUUGUGCUCUACAUUCUCCAGAACGUUUGUAUUGCCUAUGCACACACACACACACACACACACACACACACACACACAUAUAUAUAUAUUGAUCAGAUCCAUCACCUGUGACGAGGACAACACAAACACUUCAGCAAUACACACACACACACGCUUCACUGAACAUGUAUUAUACACAUCACCUUUCUAGAAGGACACUAGAUACUGAUUAACUGCAGGUUCACUAUGUUUAUACACUGUCUAAUGCACCGCUCCUUUACUCUCAUGAUUUUGGCUGUAAUGUAGUAAUAAUGUGCACUUUGUAAAGCGUGUUACACAUAUAAAUCACUUUUCAUAAAUAAACACAGUCCAGGCA